AUGAAGACUUCACUUGGGCGCUUUGCUCUGUUUCUUUCCCGCGGAAACUCUUUUUGAACUUCCGCUCUUCCCCUUUCCUUCCUCCUGGCCAAGCUCUGGCCAUGGCGGUCCAAGAAGAAGAUCAUCCGUGCAUUCACGAUUUGCCCGACGAGCCUUGGGACUGGGAAGAGAUAUCUCUCCAUCUCCUUCUCCACUCCAACAUCGAUCAAGAGCUGGGGAGCGAGAAAUCGCCUUGGGGAAGGAGGAAGCACAGGCUGCGCUGGUUGGGGAAGCCGAGAGCGAUUCCCCAGUUGAUUCUCAAGCUUCAGGACCCCAGAUUCAGAGAAUCUGCUCUGCACUUGCUCAGUUCUUUCCUUUUCCAGAAGAGGGAAGAGGACCCAGAGAAUUAUUACAGAGCGGGGUUUCUUUUGUUCCAUUCUUGCGGUACCAUGGCCAUCUUGAUACAGGAGGUGCUCUUGAUCUACAGGAUGAUGGCCGAUGGAAGUCUAAAUGAGAGAGCAUGCAUGCGCCUUAUCAAUGUCAUUAUUCUAUUCCAGUGCAUUGCAGCUAAUAGAGAAACUCGGCAAAAGCUCAUGAACUCCUGCCUUGUUAACUUCUUGGUACCCUUAGUACUGUUCGCAUCCACACUGGAGGUGUAUGACAAUGUGAGAGCUGUUGCCUUGUCAGUGUUUGGCAUUUUAUGCCAGGCAAGAGAAUCCAGUGCUGUCCAGUGGGCUAUUGAAAAUGAGGUGGUGGAAGUAUGCUUGAUUAGCAUGGACACUGGAAACGAACUCACAAAAGUGAUUGGACUGCACAUUGUUGAAUCAAUACUUCGGGUUGCUUUUGGAAUAUCAUACAUAUUCAGUCCUGCAGCUGAUCAUCUGCUGAAUAGACUGAUGAGAACAUGGGAUAAUUUGGUAAAUCAGAUAGCUGUUGUGCACAACUUCUCUCCUCGAAUCCUCUUUCAUACCAUCCGGUGCUACACUCUCUUAUGUCACGAUGAAAGGGGACAUAAUCUUGUGAAGCAGUCGCUCCCUAAAUCCUUCGUCAAUGGCACUUUUCAUGAAAGGCUGAAGGAGUUUCCCGUAAUUCAUAGAUUGCUUUCCCAACUACUACUGAUUGCCGGUAUAAAUGACUCAUGAGCAGCUCCUUCAGUUCACGAGAUCUCAUCAUUCAGAAAAGAAUCAGGACUAAUGGUGUCUCGGUGUUUCCCGAAGCUGCUGCAUUUCGGGGUUCGGGUGUUAUAUUGCGUAAUAUAGAAAACCAGUUCCUCGGAUUAUUACUUCGGAGAGAGAAAUUACCAGAUGUUAACCCAAAUCUUUUGUUGCGUGUACAAAAAUCCUCUGUAAAUUGCAUCUUUGCUUGAA